GUAUUGAUACAAUUCCAAAAUUGCGACUGUGCAUUUUUUAUUUUAUACAGGUGAGUGGGGCGACGGUUCUCCACUGCUGGGCGCACUUUCAGUAAUAGCUAGCUGGUCAUCUGGCUUCUCACGUGAUAACGCUGUCAGCGAGCGAGGCUGAGCUGGGCGGAGUGGUGCGGCGACACGGAUUCUUCUAGCUAUCUGCUACGGUGGGGGAUCGAGCAAGACGGAAGCUACGCUCUGUCUGCAGGAACGAGAAGAACCGCAAACCAUGCCAGUGAACGCCAAAGCAAGAAACGCCACGGCCCCGAGGGUCUCGAAGACAGUGUCCUCGGUCAUUUUUCUCAGCCUGUUGAUCUGUAUGUGCGCCACUAGAGCAGAGGACAGCGGUAUGGACAAUAUUGUGACCGAGAAGAAGGCUGAGGAGAGCCACCGGCGGGACAGUGCCGACCUGCUCAUAUUCAUCACCCUGCUCACCCUCACGAUCCUAACCAUAUGGCUUUUCAAACAUCGCCGAUUCAGGUUUUUACACGAAACCGGACUGGCUAUGAUAUACGGCCUGCUGGUGGGCGUGGUCCUACGCUACGGUAUCCACGUCCCCCGGGACAUCAACAACGUGACUCUGAGUUGCCACGUCAAUGCCAGCCCGGCCACGCUGCUGGUCAACGUCAGUGGCAAGUUCUACGAGUACACCCUGAAGGGCGAGAUCAGCGCCAACGAGGUCAACGACGUGCAGGACAACGAAAUGCUCAGGAAGGUGACCUUCGACCCUGAGGUGUUCUUCAACAUUCUUCUGCCACCAAUCAUUUUCCACGCCGGCUACAGCUUGAAGAGGAGGCACUUCUUCAGGAAUAUGGGGUCCAUCUUGGCCUACGCCUUUGUGGGAACGGUCAUAUCCUGUUUCAUCAUUGGGCUGCUGAUGUACGGCUUUGUGAUGCUGAUGAAGCAGGUGGGCCAGCUGGGCGGGGACUUCUUCUUCACUGACUGCCUGUUCUUCGGCGCCAUCGUCUCUGCGACUGAUCCAGUGACGGUCCUGGCCAUAUUCAACGAGCUGCAGGUGGACGCUGACCUGUAUGCUCUGCUGUUCGGAGAGAGUGUCCUGAACGACGCUGUCGCCGUGGUGCUGUCCUCGUCCAUAGUGGCGUACCAGCCGGCCGGGGACAACAGCCACACGUUCGAGGCCAUGGCCAUGCUCAAGUCCUUCGGAAUGUUCCUGGGCGUCUUCAGCGGGUCCUUCGCGCUCGGAGUGGCGACGGGUGUUGUGACUGCUCUGGUCACCAAGUUCACCAAGCUGCGGGACUUCCAGCUGCUGGAGACGGCACUCUUCUUCCUCAUGUCCUGGAGCACCUUCCUGCUGGCCGAGGCCUGCGGCUUUACAGGAGUGGUGGCCGUGCUGUUCUGUGGCAUUACACAGGCUCACUAUACCUACAACAACCUGUCCCCAGAGUCCCAAGACAGGACCAAACAGUUGUUUGAGCUGCUGAAUUUCCUGGCGGAGAAUUUCAUCUUCUCCUACAUGGGCUUGACACUAUUCACCUUCCAGAACCAUGUCUUCAAUGCCACCUUCAUCAUUGGAGCAUUCCUGGCUGUGUUCCUGGGCAGAGCGGCAAACAUCUACCCCCUGUCUCUCCUCCUCAACUUGGGCCGCAGGAACAAGAUCAGCCCCAACUUCCAGCACAUGAUGAUGUUUGCAGGGCUGCGAGGGGCCAUGACCUUUGCCCUGUCAAUCCGAGACACGGCCACAUACGCCCGGCAGAUGAUGUUCUCCACCACCCUGCUCAUCGUCUUCUUCACUGUGUGGAUCUGCGGUGGAGGCACCACCCAGAUGCUCUCCUGUCUGCGCAUUCGUGUCGGAAUGGAUUCAGAUCAAGACAGUUCGAUCAGUGUUUCAGACGGAGCAGAGCGAAAGAGCACCAAACAAGAGAGCGCUUGGCUGUUCAGAAUCUGGUACAACUUUGACCACAAUUACCUGAAGCCGAUCCUGACGCACAGCGGCCCGCCCCUCACGGCCACCCUGCCGGCCUGCUGCGGCCCCCUGGCACGCUGUCUCACAAGCCCUCAGGCCUACGAGAACGAGUGUCAGCUGAAGGACGAUGACUCGGAUCUGAUCCUGAACGACGGCGACAUCAGCCUGACGUACGGCGACGUGACGGUCAGCACGGACGGUUCGGGCGCCCGCGUCAACGCCGCGUCCUCAGUGCCGGCCUCCGACGACGCGCUGGACCGCGAGCUGACCUACGGCGAGCACGAGCAGGUGAUCCGUGGCACCCGGCUGGUGCUGCCCAUGGACGACUCGGAGCCGCCCCUCACCCUGGCCAGGAUCCCGCCCACGAGAGGGGGCGAGCCGGCUUGAGCGGCGAGCCAGCCAGGAGGCCGACAGACUCCGCUCCUCGCUCCUCUUCUUUCGUCUCUCUCCCCCAUCCCUCCUUAUGGAUCACUGUCUCUCUUUUCUCUCUUUAAUUUUUCUUUUUUUUUUUUUUUAAUAUAGUUAGCGCACCUUUAAUUUUCUACCUCGCUCUUUUUCGUCUUCCUUCCUGUUACCGUCUGUGUACUACUUACAAAUAUUUAUUUAUUUAUUUAUUUUCAUACACACGCAUUUUAAAUGUUUGCUUUGUUCAUGCCGUCCGGGUGACGUGUCAGUCGUUGGUACCAUAAUAUUAGAGCAUAAUAUUAGAGCAUUGGGACGGGUCUGUAGACAACAUGCGUACAUGUCCAAAUAAGGUCACCGCAAACGACCUUAGUAUGCUGCUUUCCUCAGCCAGUAUAGCAAGGUGUAAAAUAACUGAAGCUGCUGUUCGUUUGCCCCACACGGUAUGCAUGCUUAACAGAGCUCCUUAUGUGUUGAAGGUUAUGAGGAGUUUGGUGUUGGGUGUGUAGCUUGCCUGUACGUUCCCCUCUCUCCUCUUUACUUGUAGAUGUCAGCCUGCCUUGUACAUGUGACAGUGUUUUCGGAGGCAUGCCUUCUUAGUGGCUCUGCAUUGCUGUACUGUUACAACCAAGGUACCUGACAAGUGUAGUUUUUUCCCCUGUAGAAAUAACACACAGUUCCCUUCAUCCGGCGGUGACCCUGAUUAGUGAUUAUAUCCUCCUUCUGAAUUUGCAGGUUUGAGCUUUUCUGCCUGUAGCUGUAUUGUAACGCCAUGCUGUUAGUGUAACUUGCCAUAGGUCUUGGAUCUACCGUAUCAGCCUCUGACUGUGACAUUAAUGAGGGUUUUACACCUUGUUAUAUAACUUGAUGUUGUGUGCUGCAAAAAAAGUAAAAAGUUGUAGUCCUAAGGUAGGAGACUGGUACCAUUUUAUUUUGUGUGCUAACGUUUUUCAAAAACGGAAUACUUACAGCCUCAAAAAUAUUUUGUAUUUAAUUUUGUAAUUGUGAUUUACAAGUACUUUAAAUGGUCUCAGCAACUGUAACUCUUGUACUCAGUAUUUGGAAAGGUCACCAGUCAAAACCAAGCAGUCUGGAACGAAACCAGGCCGAAGGCACAAAAAAGGCAGAAUAAACUCUUGAAGUGUGGAGACUUUUAUUUUGUAAAUUCCAGACUGUGUGGCACUGAUAAGAGAAAAAUAAGGGAGAUUUAUUACAGCGGUUGUGGGAACACAAUACCUUUAGCAUUAAUGUUUUGAAUAGGAAAAUAACUGAAUUCAUAACAAGCACCUGAGGUACCGGGAGGAGGAAUAUUUUUAUUUAAUCUCAU